AUGCCACCUACUUUCUUACAUUUCGAGCAACUGAAACUGGUCACGGAAUUCAUCGACGGAGGCUACAAGCAUAGGAUCGCUGAAGAACCACUAAGAUGCGAAACCUGGAUUCGGGCCGGAAUGCUUGGAGAAGGCACAUUUGGCACGGUCUAUAAAGAGACUUGCUCAGAGACGAGGGAUGUUCGGGCUGUGAAACAGAUCAAGAAAUCGUUCGCUAGACCAAAUGAACUUGCAAUCUUAGCACAACUUCGCUCGUAUCCGGAACACUUCGUGCGCCUGGCAGGAUGGUUCGAGGAUGAAAACAACAUUUAUUUGGCGAUGGAAUACCUCCCAGGUGACCUUGGUGUACUGCUCAGGGAACAGGACCUAUCUGAGAAUGACACAAAGAGGAUUACAAAACAAAUUCUUGCGGGCUUGGAAAUAAUGCAUAAAAAGGAUAUCUGUCACCGGGACCUAAAGCCCAGUAAUAUCUUGAUCGCUAAGUGGAUGCCGAUUUCAGUAAAGAUCGCCGACUUUGGCGUUUCUAAGCACUUCGAUGGUACCGAAGGGCGGACAGAAACUGGGACGAGACCCUUCAUGGCACCGGAGGUUUGCGGCUUCUGUGAAAGCAGUGUAUACACCACAGCAAUCGACAUGUGGUCUUUGGGAUGCUUGGUAUAUUUUAUGAUGACAAAGAGGACACCAUUUCCGGAGCCUAGGAACCUGGUUGAUUUUAUGAAAGGCCAGGGAAAAUUUCCACAAAGCUCCGCAAUACCAUACUCCGCGUUUGAGUUUAUAGCAAGUCUGUUACUGCCCUUACCUGAGGCUCGAGCUCCCGCAUCAAAGGCUCAAUUGCAUUCAUGGCUGGAAAUCAAAGAGCAACAUGAGACUCUAUGGACGCCUCUAUCCCCUAAUCUGUGCGACGAACCGGCUCUUACAGCCGCGCCUCAGCUGGUCACCGGGGCCGGAAAGGAUCCAGUUCUUGGAUCAAAACGCAAGUUGGCUCUGCCUCCUCUGGCUCCGAAGAAGCAGCCACGCCUUUCAGGUCCCCGUAAGGGAGGAGUUGUAGAGAUGAUUCAAGAUGCAUUUGUUGCUGCGGCUGAGAGUGGCAAUCGCGAGCUACUUACGGCGCUACUGGAAAGGGGGGCAGAUAUCAAGGCAAGAGAUUCUAGAAACGAGAGCGCGCUUUUCCGGGCUGUGCGGGGGGGCCAUUUGGAAACAGUGCAACUACUGCUUGAUCGCGGUGCUAGUAUCUCUGGACAUUUUGGGACUGAGGGGUGGACUAUUCUAAAUAUCGCUGGAUGGCAUGGGUAUUUCGACAUCGCAUUAUUACUACUAGACAUGGGUGCUGACGUUAAUGGAUUGAAAACGGAUAAUGGGUGGAGUUCUUUACAACUGGCGGUGGAGAAGAACUAUUUCGAACUGGUAAGCCUCCUACUGGACAGAGGAGCCGAUAUAACGCACAAGGAUUUCCAGGGUUGGAGUGCCGUUCACAACUCUGCACAAGGGGGUUCUAUUGAGUCAUUAAGGAUACUGAAAGAUAGGGGGGCGGACGUAUCGGAGGGAGCUGGGUUAAAUGAGUGGAACGCGCUACAUAUUGCUGCGUCCAACGGUCAAAUGGAUGUCAUGAAGUUCCUUCUAGACACAGGCGUUGACAUCGCAGCAAAGGCGAUCUAUGGGUGGGUUGCUUUACAUUGUGCAGCGUGGGAGGGUCAGUUGGAGGCGGCACGCCUGUUACUGGAAAGUGGUGCGAGUACGACAACAAGAGACAUCCAUGGCAACACAGCAAUAUCUGUAGCGAUUUCCAAAGGACACACAGAUGUUGUACUUCUGAUCGUGGAUUGGGUCAAAAAAGAUACCACGCUACCUUCAACCGCGCUGAAUAACCUCAAGCUCUCCACAGACCGAAUGCAGGACUCUACUCAGGCCAGUAGCGGGGAUGAGUCUACUACCUCCUAA